UUCAGGUUCUCCAACGAAAGGCUGCUUAUAAAGCAAUAGCCUGGAGAGCUCUAGACUCUAGAGAUAUCGACGCACAAUGGCCUGCCUUCACGACCACAGCUGCGAAGAACACGACUGCGGAUCGGAGUGGUCCCUCUUUAAGCACAUUGACAUGCCGAAGGUGUCAGCAUUAAAUGAAGCAAUUGCCGGGAGUGUGAAGUCUGUGUUUAAAGCUUGGGAAUCUCGCUUGGAUUCAUCAGAGGGGUUUUUGGAAAGCAAUGAUGGUGAUCCAGAGUUACUUGUGUUCAUUCCAUUUACAUCAGAUGUCAAAAUAAAGAGUAUCUCAGUCGUUGGUGGUGCUGAUGGAACAAGCCCUUCAAAGAUGAGAGCGUUCAUAAAUCGAGAUGGUAUUGAUUUUUCUGAUGCGCAAAAUAUGCAACCAGUUCAGGAGUGGGAAUUGGGGGAAAAUGUGCAAGGAGUGCUAGAAUACCAAACUAGAUAUUCUAGAUUCCAGAGUGUGGGGAAUUUGACUCUGCAUUUUCCAGAAAACUUUGGAGGUGAUACAACUCAAAUAUACUAUAUCGGUUUACGAGGUGAAGCCACACAGUUGAAAAGAGAUGCUGUUGCAAAAGUUGUUUAUGAGCUAAUGCCUAAUCCAUCUGAUCACAAAGUAAAGAAUGAGGGUGGUGGUGGCAUCUCAAACGUUUAAUGGUCAACCUGAGAGAGCCAGAGAGAUGCAGGAUUGCUUAUGCAGAGAGGAGCACAGUCUUCGAGUUCUGGACUGAUGGGAUAAAGAGAAGGGUUCUAAUCCUUAAACGAUGACACUAUGUAGAUAGUGAAGGCUUUUCGUUUUUACCUUCUUGUUUCGCUGAGAACGGCAAUGUAGCUGUUUGUAAAUUUUCCUGAUCAAAUGGAUGUGUCAUCGAUAUCUGAGUUAUUUGAUCU